AGGAGUUGAUCAGCAAUUAAAGCUUUAACAUUUAAAUUAAUAUUGUAGAGCAAACUCGUGACUCUCCCUGUGUUUGUUUCUGUGUUUUGGACUGUGAAAUUCCGUGAUCUCAAUGCAUAGAAUGUGCAACAAUUUAGUUGAAAUCCAUGGGCACUACAGCUGCUUUUUGUCUUCUAAUUCUUUGUGGAAUAAUUCAGCAGGAUGCAAGCAAUCUUCAGAAUGUCAUACCAAGAAAAACAGUGAAAUACCAGUCUGAAAAUCUAAAGAUAUUUAAAAAGCAAGGACUGUCCAAUUUUUCUACUCUUUUGCUGAGUGAAGAAACAAAUACUUUAUAUGCUGGAGUCAAAGAUUAUAUCCUUGUUUUUGACUUAAAUGACAUUUCUAAAGAAAUAUCCAGAAUAUCCUGGUUUGCUUCAGAGGAUAGUAAGCUUCAAUGUCUUCGCAAAGGAAAAAGCAAGGAAGAAUGCAACAAUUAUAUACUUAUUAUGCAUAAGAUAAAUGCAACAAAUUUAUAUGUAUGUGGCACAAAUGCAUUUUAUCCAGCUUGUCAUUACAUGGUAAUUGACAAUAUGAAAUUACAGUUGUAUACCAAAGCUACAGUAAGCAGAGGAAGAUGUCCAUAUGAACCAACUAUGAAUUAUGCCUCUUUAAUGGUUGAUGGUGCACUUUAUACAGCCACUUCAAAUAACUUUUUGGGUACAGAGCCAAUUAUAUUGCGGAGUUUCAGGAAUCCUUUAAGGACGGAAUAUAAAGCAUCUUGGCUUAAUGAACCUACCUUUAUUCAUAUGGAACUUAUAGAGGAGAAUGAAGCAAUCUCUGACUCUGACAGAAUUUAUGUGUUCUUCACGGAAACUGCUACUGAGUUUGAGUUCUACGAUAAGCUUCGGGUGUCACGAGUAGCUCAACUUUGCAAAGAUGUCUUUGUAGUCAAGAAUUCAAACUGGCGGGAAACCAUAAUUUAUGGGAUUUUUACCCAACAAUGGGGAAAGUUGGAUAUUUCAGCUGUUUGUGCAUUCCAGAUGGAGACUAUUCGAGAUAUUUUUCUGAAAGGGAGCUUCAAAAGUCCUGUUGCUUUGGAAGGUUCUCAUAUGAAAUGGGUGAUGUACAGAGGAGAUAUCCCAACUCCUCGUCCUGGGGCUUGUGUUUCUGCUCUACACUUGGGGUACAACUCUUCACUUGACUUGCCAGACAAAGUUCUCCAGUUUGCCCGAGACCACCCUUUGAUGGACAGUAUUGUGAACUCAGUUGGUCUUCAGCCUGUCUUCCUGAAAAGGGGUACCAAGUACACACAACUCAUAAUAAGCCAAGCCACUGACUUGGAUAAUAUCACAUAUGACAUCUUUUUCCUAGGAACAGAUAAGGGCUAUUUGCAUAAAACUCUCAAUUGUCAUGGAGAAUUUAUUAUUUUGGAAGAACUACAGCUGUUCCCAUCAGCAGAGCCUGUACAGAUACUCAAGCUAGCUUCUCUAAAGGGCCUGUUGUAUGCCAGUUCUCCUUCCCAGCUAGUACAGCUCCCUGUUGCAAUUUGCAGCUGGUAUAAACAAUGUUUUCAUUGUAUCUUGGCAAGGGAUCCCUACUGUGCAUGGUCCCUGUCUCUUCACAAUUGUAUCCUCCUGGCUAAAUACCUUGAGAAUUCACAAGAUCUAAUCCAGAGCAUCAGGAAUGGUGAUAUCAACAGGUGUCCUGAAGUAGAAAAGAAAAUCAGAAGCUACCCUGUCACCCUUGGCAGCAGCCCUCAUCUUAACUGUGAACCUUUGUCCAACACAGCCAACCUCCUCUGGAUGUUUAACAAGAGCCAGUUGCUGGAAGAAGAGGCUAAAUAUCUCAUCCAUACAAAAGGCCUGGUUGUCUUUAAUGCAACAGUUGCUGAUACUGGUCUUUAUGAAUGUCAGUCUGUUGAAAAAGUCAAUGGGAGAACAUUUCAUGUAACAAUGGCUGCCUAUCUCCUUCAGCCCCAGCCAGAGAAAACUUUCUACAGUCCUAAGUGUGACUUGUCAAACCAGAUGUGUUCUGAAAUAGCAGGGUCAAAGAGCAAACCUUUGGCAGACCCAGAGAUGGAGAACCCAAGGCCAUCCAGAAGAAUCCAGAGUUCGUUGUUCAGUCUAAUAAUUGUGGGGUCCACUGUUGCCUUCCUUUUCUUCCUUUUGCUUUCUUGGAAUAUUUACAAAGGCUAUAUCUCUCUGCCCUGGGCCUCUAUAUCUAAAACAUCAGCGGAUGAAUUAGCAAGCCCAGAAAUGAGUCUGGAGCAAGUAGAUCUUACUCAGACAAGCUCAACCUCACAAACAAUGACCAUCUCCACUGGCAAAUCAAGCCCAUUGAUGUCUUCCUCUAAAGUGGAUUCCAGUAUAAAUAUGAAGCCAAGCAUUAACUCCACUAAAAUCUGUGAUUCUUCAAAUUGUCUGGUCAUGGAUGAAACCAAAAUUCCCGAUAAAAACCAUGAAAUACAAGAUUGCUCCAAAGGAAGGAGUUCAACACUUCUUUGAUUCCACAAACUGGUAUGUAAAGAAUGCCUUUUUGCUUUUUCUUUAAGUGUUCGGUUUCUUUGUAGAUCACCAUUUUCUUC